UCGAGAGACCGAUGCCUGUGUGAGCUCUGAUCAGCACAGACAUAGCUGAGACGCACGCUGCAUACCGUUGUACGACAUUGGGCCGAGCAGGUCGACGUUGGACUGUCCUAGGACGAUGAAGUCGUACGGGUAUACGUCUGGACUCGGCCCCCACCCUGCGUCUAUCGCUCCAACCGUCUCCAGCGGUGUUGGGUCGACUGUCAUGAGCGUGCGCCAGGUCCACCGAGCCUUGUCUCGCUCUGCCGCCAGACAAUCUGCUCCUCUUCCGACGACAGCAGCUCGCAGACUGCCUCGACAGCCAGCACAAGCUCGCACUCAUGCAACUGCUCUCGAGCCUGAACGCGAGCCCGCAAGAGGGCUCUUCGAGGACGAAAAGGCCAUCUUGCUCGCAACAAAAGGCAGUGCAAGUGAUGCGCCUCUGAGGAAACGAUGGCAGCGGGCAGAGAUACAGGAGAUCUACGACUCGCCGCUCAUGGAGCUCAUCUUUCGCUCCGCCACAGUACAUCGCCAGCAUCACGAUCCAUCGAAGAUCCAGCUGUGCACGCUGCUCAAUAUCAAGACCGGUGGGUGCACCGAAGACUGCUCCUACUGCUCGCAAUCGUCCAAACACAAGACUGGCCUCAAAGCGACCAAGUUGCUCGACCUCGAGCCUGUACUCAUCGAGGCGCGAAAAGCCAAGGCAAACGGCUCGACUCGCUUCUGCAUGGGCGCCGCAUGGAGAGAUCUUCACGGGCGGAAAUCAGGCUUCAACAGGAUUCUCGACAUGGUCAGUGAGAUCAGAGGAAUGGGAAUGGAAGUCUGUACGACUCUGGGCAUGCUUGACAAAGAUCAAGCACGCCGGCUGAAAGAAGCCGGUCUGACGGCUUACAACCACAAUCUAGACACCUCGAGGGAAUACUACCCAGAAGUCAUCACAACGCGGUCAUACGACGAGCGACUGGCUACAAUCGAGAAUGUGCGCGAGGCGGGCAUCUCAGUCUGUUCGGGCGGCAUUAUCGGUCUGGGCGAGAAAAAGGAGGAUCGCGUGGGUCUCAUCUGGGAAAUGAGCAGGUUGCCGGAGCCGCCGGAGAGCUUUCCAGUCAAUGCACUCGUUCCUAUCGAAGGCACGCCACUGGGAGGCAACGAGCAAGUCAAGAUUCAUGAUAUGCUCAGGACGAUCGCAACAGCGCGACUGGUGCUACCGACCUCGAUCAUCCGGCUUGCAGCAGGUCGGAUUACGUACACCGAAGCAGAGCAAGCGAUGUGCUUCAUGGCGGGUGCCAAUGCCAUCUUUACAGGCGAACGUAUGCUCACCACGCCCACUUCUGGCUGGGAUGAAGACGGUGCCAUGCUCGAGCGAUGGGGCAUGCGCGGAUUGGGCUCAUUCGAAAGUCAGCGCAUGCAGCCUCAUGCUGCUCAGCCUAUCGCAUCUGCCACGCCUCCUGUAGAGGCUGUUGUGUAGAUGCAAAGCGUGAGGUGCCCCAGCAGCGAGCGUCCUCUGCAAGAGACGCG